AUGGAUGCGCCUGUAUCGCGCGAGGUGCCGGGCAUGUCGAAACAGACGUCAAAUGGGAUUCCUGGCGCAACACCGCCUACACGGGAGCGGGAAGUCUCGAGCACAGUUCUUCCCAAUACCUUCCUAGCCGUCACCAUCCUAUCUGCGCUGACCCUGUCUUGGCCGUUGCGUUGGCUCCUAUCCGGCGCACCCAUUCUCGUCUACGCUGUAGUCCUCGGCGAGGCGUACGGCCACCGCAUCUUACCUUUUGUUCCCGUUUGGACGAUGUUCGCCACAGUCAACCUCGUCUACGCCAUUUGCUCAACCUCUUGGCUCCUCUACUGGGUCUUUUGGGCCUCCUGUUGGCCCGCCAUCUUGAUUGCCUGCCUGUUCCAAUUCGAUGCGCCUGCCCAACUCGCCCGACGCACAUUGAGAAAGACAUUUCUGCGAGAACUUCACUUUAUAAACGAUCAAAUCGCCUUUUUCGACCUGCCUGCACUCGAGAUUGACACGGAAGUCAAAGGCCUGUUCGUCAUACGUGGCUUCACGCUCUCGCUGUCCACUUUGACGCUCGAGGUUCAUGGCGUAGAAGCUGGGAUCAAGCUUGCGGACGAAAUUGAGUUGGCCAUCCAAGUCGACAAGGUUAUUGUACCGUUGUUCAGGGAGAUCGUCGUCGACGAUGUCUAUGCCAACGUCAAGGGCGGUGACUGGGAAGUCAUGUUUGGAGACGUCAAAUAUGGUCAACCUGAGCCCGACGACGAUGACUCGGUCAUCAUUAGAGAUACGGCCAUCCUGAAAGCAGCUUCCAAAGGCGCCCGGGGUCGUCCCACAGAGAUGGUCAGGAAUUUGACGGCCGGAAAGCCGCCAUCGGAAGCAAAGGACGCAAAGUCGGCCUUUGCAUCUGUCAGGCAGGUUUCGGCGAAUGAACGAGAUGCUACUGUCAAGUACAAUGACCUGGUCCGUCACAUUGACGAUACGAGUGCCAUCACGAAUGCGAAGAAGACGCUUCGUGAGGCUGCAAAGGCGCUCAACGAGUCUUCGUCAGAGGACGGAAAAGACAAGGAGCGAGAGAGGGACGGACAUUUGGACACGGAGAACAUGGAUGACUUUCGAGCCGCCAUUUGCACACAAAUCCACGGCCAGCCGUCGAUACCCCACCCUCCAUCAAAGUCCAUUCGUGUAUCGACUCUUCGCAAAACUUCCUAUCCCCAAGUGAAGGCAUUCCUACAUCGACUCCCAUUUCUGUACCGCCUUAUGCUCAGUCCGAUCUGCUACUUUCAUCCGGUCAAGUUCAAGUCGAUUACUGCAGCUGGAUCUGGCAAGUGGUUCACCCACUUGAUGCGACAAUACCUCUUCAAGCAUUACUCUUCGCAAGACGCAGAUGUGCGCCGGCUCGAGGCCCGCAUCUCAGAAUGGUGUACGGACGCGAACUUUGCGGUCGAGUUCGGACCUAUGCAAAGCGAGGCUCACUUUCCAAUCAACACAAACUACAACAUCCAAUGCCAUUUAAAGAUCUCUGACGUCAUGGCGUACAGGACUCUUCCCAAUGGUGUUGAGCUCAAGCAGGUUGUCCGGCUGGGAGGGGCCGAUGCCGUCCUCACCAUUCCCACGUACCUCUUCCCGCAUCACGAACACAUCUUUCCGAAGAUAGCCAGCGACUUUGAGAUUCUGGAAAUGGAGUCGGCUAUCAAGGAGGUCGAAGGCACGCCCAAGGAAGUCCGGGCCCGCAAGGAACUCCAGAAGCGAAAGAAGGACGAAUCGGCCAUGCACAUCAGUGCCCAUGCGCACCUACCUGCACAAUUCCAUCAGGAUCUCCUCAACUUUGUUGCCGCCAUUGUCAAAGCAACCAAAGUCAUCGAAUCGGACAAGGACUUUGAGGAAGCCAAGGUGUUGCGAGAGCUCAAGCGUGUCAGCACUGAUAGCGAAGCCAGCAGCCUCUCCUCGCUCAACACCAACGGCACCAACAACACGGACACUACGCAAACAUCGCUGACGUCAGAGGAGCGAGGCUUCAAGGCCUUUCUCAAAAAGGUGGACACGGGCUUCAAGGAUGCGUCGAACAAGACGGUUGUCGGCAUGCGCAAGGCCGGGCAGAGCACCGUCAGCGCCAUGGCAAACGAUCGCUGGAUUGCACGGCUCGUUGGCAAAGUCACGCGCAAGCUUGAGCGCGCUCAGGGCGAAGUCGGAUACAGUGGCGAAGUUCCUAUUCCGUUGGCUAAGUACCGCGUCAGGUUUGAGACUGAGACGAAGCUGUUGCCGUGA